AUGACCACUGCCUCGCUCAACCAGAGCGCCCAGAGCCAGACCCUGGGCGCCAUCAUCCCCUUUGCCGUCCUAUCCAUUAUCGCCGUUGUUCUCCGUUUGCUGGCCAAAUCUCUGACCCGGCUGCGAUUUGGCCUGGAUGACUAUUUAAUAAUUGUGGGAUUGGCCUGCUCGCUGGGUUGCUUCAGUCUUUCCACCAUCAUGGUUGCAUUGGGAUCGGGUCGUCACCUGGCGGUCGUGCCCACAGGGAACAUCCACAAGUACCUCAAGUGCAUGUAUGCCUAUCAGAUGAUCUACACCGCGACCAUCCUCUCCGUCAAACUGUCCAUCCUCACCUACUACGUCCGCAUCUUCCAAAUCCGCCCCUUCCGCAUCGCCGUCUAUGUCGUCGGCAGUCUGGUCGUCGCCUGGGCCGUCAUUGUGUGGUUCAUCUCCAUUUUCUCCUGCCGCCCGCUGAACGGCUUCUGGGACAAGUCGGUGCCGGCCACCUGCGUCAGCAGCAAGGCCUUCUACGUCGGAAACGCGGUCCCCAACAUCUGCACCGAUGUGAUGAUUUUAAUCCUGCCCCUGCGCAUGGUCUGGGGGCUGCAGACCACCCGCAUCCAGAAGGUCACUCUGUCGGCUAUCUUUCUCCUGGGGGGCUUUGUGGUGGUAUGCAGUUGCAUUCGACUAUCGACGCAGUUCAAAGUCGAUGACCCGGAUUUCACCUGGGCCAUGAACGGCACCGUGAUCUGGACCUCGCUGGAAGUCUCCUUUGGCGUCAUCUCCGCCUGUCUGCCCACCAUGCGUCCCAUCGUCCGCUGGGCAAUGCGAAAACUGAACAUCGAAGCCACGGACACGUCCAAAUCCUCCCAGCGCUAUUUCCCCUCCAACCACGUCACCGCGCGGGGAUUCGAGACGCUGUCCGGGUCAGGGGGCGAGCCCCAGACGCAUCAAUUACACACCACCGCAGUGCGCAGUAACAGUCGGACGGAGAGCAAUAAUGGAGAGGAGCUGUUGCUGGGGCAGAUUCAGGUUAAAAAUGAGGUCCGAUUCGAGGCCGAGUCGGUAUAG